CGGCUACAACCAUGAACUACCCCCUAACCCUGGACAUGGACUUCAUGAACUACAACCUGGAGGACCUGUACAAGGAAUUAGGCAGCUACAAUGACAGUACGGAGACCCACACAAUGGAAAAUCACCUCUGCUCCACAGUUGAGGGGCCCCUGCUGACCUCCUUCAAGGCCGUGUUCGUGCCCGUGGCCUAUGGGCUCAUCUUCCUCCUGGGCAUGAUGGGCAACAUCCUGGUGCUGGUGAUCCUGGAGCGGCACCGGCAAACGCGCAGCUCAACCGAGACCUUCCUGUUCCACCUGGCGGUGGCCGACCUCCUGCUGGUCUUCAUCCUGCCCUUUGCUGUGGCCGAGGGCUCCGUGGGCUGGGUCCUGGGCAGCUUCCUCUGCAAAACCGUGAUUUCUCUGCACAAGAUCAACUUCUACUGCAGCAGCCUGCUCCUGGCCUGCAUCGCCGUGGACCGCUACCUGGCCAUCGUCCACGCCGUCCACGCCUACCGCCACCGCCGCCUCCUCUCCAUCCACAUCACCUGUGCAACCAUCUGGCUGGCGGGCGUCUUCUUCGCCUUGCCAGAGAUCCUUUUCGCCAAGGUCAGUCAACCCCAUUACAACGACUCUCUGCCACGCUGCACCUUCCCCCAAGAGAACCAGGCCGAAACCAAUGCCUGGUUCACCUCCCGCUUUCUCUAUCACAUCGGAGGAUUCCUGCUGCCAAUGCUGGUGAUGACCUGGUGCUAUGUCGGGGUGGUGCACAGGCUGUGCCAGGCCCAGCGGCAUCCUCAGCGGCAGAAGGCGGUCAGGGUGGCCAUCCUUGUGACAAGUGUCUUCUUUCUCUGCUGGUCACCCUACCACGUCGUUAUCUUCCUGGACACCCUGACGAGGCUGAAGGCCCUGGGCAGUAGCUGUGAGUUCAAUGGCUAUCUCUCCGUGGCCAUCACCAUGAGUGAGUUCCUGGGCCUGGCCCACUGCUGCCUCAAUCCCAUGCUCUACACGUUUGCCGGCGUGAAGUUCCGCAGUGACCUGUCGCGGCUUCUGACCAAGCUGGGCUGUGCCGGCCCUGCCUCUCUUUGCCAGUUCUUCCCUAGUUGGCGCAAGAGCAGCCUCUCGGAGUCAGAGAAUGCCACCUCCCUCACCACCUUCUAGGUCCUAGCCCCCCUUUGUUUCUGCUUUCCUUGGGGCAGGCAGUGAUGCUCGAACUCCUUCCAACAGGAUCUGGGAUCCUAAGAGCUCGCCUUGGCCAGUGUCCUCAUAUGGGGCAGCUGGAGGAACCAACCCCUCUUUCUGGGACGUCCCUGCCAGCUCUUCUCCCAGCCCCGGGUCUAGGCUGGGGUGCAGGGAGGGGAAAGCAGCCCAAGGGCAAAGCAAAGGAUACCUGUGCUCGUCUGCAUCACUUUGGGCUGAGAGGACCACACUUACCUUCUCUCAUCCUAACCAUCUAAAGCUCAAGAAACAAAUUUUACUUCUGCCCCUGUCAAUAGGGAAAGUCAUUCCCCUUCCAGAAUGUACUCCAUCAUCUUAUGGACCACCGACCUCCACAACCACCCACCUCUCCUCUCAGCUCACCUGCCAAAAGUAACAAGCGGCUGAGCACCAGGGGAUGGAUGGAGGUUAAGGCUGAGGAAAGGCCAGCUGGCAACAGACUGGGGCCUUAACAUGUCUCAGUGCCGAACAAGCACAGACAUUCUUUCAGGUCACCAGCCGUGCAGCAUCUUGACCAAGCAGGAAGCUCAGGAUGACCCGGUCCAGGUGGCUGCCCCUGGCUCUGACCAAAAUGGCACCGGGCCAGCACCACGUCACUGGGCCCUGGGAGGUCUGCAGCCUGAGGCAGACUCCAGGCGCCCUCAGAGACCAGCCAGCAUCCUAGAGAAGGACUAAGGUCAGCAGAGAGGAGCCCAACCAAGGGAAGGAAAGAUUCUCCUUCCCCAGCUCCAAGGAUGAACAAGUAUUAACCAAAGCCAGCUGUCUUCUCUGCCCAGGGUGGAGAGCUCCCAGGGUGGGCCAGGGGCAGCAGGGUCCAGGGCCCUGGUGGGUCUGGGCACCGAUGGGGAAGGGGACAGACGCGUUCUUCCCUGUCCCUCUCCCCGCAAACUACACAGCCAGGGGAAACUCCUGGAGCCACAGAGAGAAUCUGACCACGGAGCAGAGAUGGAGACCUCCUGAGGAAAGAGACAGACCUAAGGGAUCCCUGGGGGUCAUCUCAUCCAGCCCCCUGCCUGCAGGCCAGGCCAUCUCUCUGGGCCUCAGCAAGAGCCGCAAGGCAUCCCCUUGGGCUGGGCAGUGUGACAAGCAGGCCUAGGCAGGGAAGUCCCCAGGCUCCAGGAAGCUGGGCCCUGCCCCGAGAGGAUACCACUCAGAUGGAACCACAGGAAGCUGCUCUGCGCCCGCCUGCCCCCUGCCCGGGGAGGGCUCUCCCUGCCUCCUCCCCAGCCUCUGGUCUGCCUAGAAUGAGACAUCAGGGACCCCUGUAGUUGCUGAGGGCACACAUCGGUUGCCCAAGCCCACUCAAGCCAGUCAGCCAGGGUCCCUAAGAGGCUCCCGCAGGGGAGAUCAGAGCUGUGACCCAGGGGACUAGGUCUUCACCGUGGAACACCAGGGAAUCCCUGGGGCCCCUUUUUCCUCCCAGCACCCAAUAGUAAGUUGGGCAGCGGAGGAGCCAGACACGGAAGCAAGACAGCAAGAAACUGGAUUUUUAAUUUUCUCUUUUUAAUAAAAAGGCACCUAUAAAACAGGUCAAUACAGUACAGGCAGCACAGAGACCCCCGGAACAAGCCUAAAAAUUGUUUCAAAAUAAAAACCAAGAAGAUGUCUUCACAUAUUGUAUUUAUAUAUUUAUAUUUAUAUAUAUAUUUAUAUAAUGGUACAAAAUGGCUGGGGGUGUGGCCAUGGAUGGAGGGAAGUAGCUGGCCUGUGGAAUUCACCUUGGAAAGCUAGUCUGUUGGCAGAGGUGGGAGGAGCGGGGGAGGGGGAGGGCAUCAGGCCCUUUUCAGUCUGACCCGUCUCUCCUCUGCGCAGGAAACACUUAAGAGUCGGUUUGGGGAGUCUUGGGUCAUGGGUGGGGGACUCAAGGGCACGAGGCCCGGGUUGAGACAGGGUGGGAACGUGUCUGGCGGGAUUGAGGGCAGGUGGCCCCUGAACACGGGGGACCAGGCCCUGGCCCCUGGGAGGGGCUGGGGGAGGCAGGAGCUCGCAGCCAGCCCCGGAGGAAGCACUUGACCUGGCUGACGGGGUACUGAGGACAGCACCAGACUGGGAGAACUGGGGACAAAUCCCUUUGUAUCACAGCUGCCAAUGGGAGACCAGGCCCUCAGGUCAGGAAGGCUGGGGACGGGGCCACGGCAGAAGACACCUUGUCUAGAAAUGGCCCUUGGCCCUGGAGGUGCGGUAGGAAAGGCCUCAGCCAGGUAACUGCCCUGCCACCUCACAAGGCAGGAAAGGAAGUGAGAAAAGAAGUGUUUUACUCCUGGGGCUGAGGGGGGCAAAACACCCAAUCGUGUAUGGCUUCAGCUCUGACCAGAGGCGGGUGGGGAGCUCGUAUGGGAAAGAGCCGGGGGCUGAGGGGAAGGCAGUGGCUGCGCCUGGGUGGGCACAGAGCCCUGAGCUCUGGGCAGAGGGACCUUGCCAGUGAUCGGACAGCAGAGAGAAGCGGGAAGACGCUCUCCUGCUCCGCAUCCAACACUUUCUCUAUUCCAUCCUCAGCGGGUGGAGGCUGGAGGGAGACAGACGGACUUGGCCAAACCCUUUUCCUUUCCUCCUUUGGUGAUAAGGAAGUAGGUGGUAGCCUCUGGAAGAGUCAUGGCCCUGGGGGCUACCUGGCCCAGAGCCCCUGCAGCGGGCACAGGACCAUCUGGCCCCCCGGGCCACCCCUCCACGGCUCCACACGAGGGUGCCACACAGUCUCCGCCUCGUCCUCCUUGCCUUCAUCCCAGACUGGGGACCAAGGACUUCAAGUUCUGGCUAAGAUGUAGCAGCAGGGGACACCAGACAUCCACAGCUAGGAAGCCAGGGCCCCGUGUCACCUCUGUGGGGCAAACACACAUGCACGUGCACGCGUUCUCCUGAAUCACUCAGCAGCAGACAGGCUGCCGCCCUGGGGGGUCUCAGCCCUGCUGGGGCUCACCAGGUGGAAGCCUAGGUGGUCUGACCUCAGUUUAGGUGUGGGUGUAGCUAUGUCAUUUCACCAUUGGGGGGAGGGGACCGGAAUGGUACCCUUUAUGGACCCAGAGACACUGCCACAGCGGGUAGGUGUGUCAGACUGCGUGCCCCUGGGUCCAGGGGAAUGGAAGGGGCAAUCAUUUGAAAAAGGGGGGAAGGGUUUCUUUUAUCCUUUUUUUGUGUGACUUCUAUCAAAACACAGAAAUACAGCACACACACAAACCGGCACAAAAGCGCAGCGCUCUAUUUACAGCUACGGCUGGCGCCUGCCCACCUGGCCAGCCGCCUGCAGGUUGGGGUGGGAGAGGGGGUCAGCCACAUCAUCAGGGAGAGGAACUGAGGCAGGAGAAAACAGAAGGAAAAAUGGGGGUGGGGGGGUGGGCAGAGAAACCAAGAGGAGGAAAGUGAAGCUCCCGGAGGAGACAGCAGCAGGAAGGGGAGGGAGAGGGAGGGAGAGGGAGGGAGAGGGAGGGAGAGCUCUCCUCUCCUGCUCCCUGCCAAGGAUUAGAUACAGGGCUCUGAAAGCAAAGCUGAAGAGGGUGGACGCAGAGAAAGAGGGAAAAUCGAGGCUCCGUAGGACUGGAGUGGGGGGGGGGGACGAGGGGGAGGGGCAGUCCUGGCGGCCGAAAUGGGACCAACCCCCAUCCCAAAUCCCCCACCCCACUCUGCCACUUCCCCCUAAGCUGCCAGCACAUCUGGUUUCCACAAAUGCCACUCCCCACACAAGCCCCCUCCCACCCCCUCCACCCCACCCC